CAGAACCCUCCAAAUCUUAUCGACAGCUCGCCAACGAUUGGGCUGUCCAGCUGUCAUGGUAACGGAUAGGGUUCUGCGAACGUAAAUGGACUGCCGACCGAUACCGAUUAUUACAACAGAAAUAAAACAUCAUUUGAACGAAGUUCGUUCGUACGCUGUCUGGUUGUAAUCGAGCAUAAAAUCGUGCGCCACCAGUUGUUCGCACUGCAGAACCAUUCAUCAUCACCUGUGGUACGGUAGCUGGAAGUAAAAGCAUCAUCCCCACCGCUUCAAAUCAUCAUCGAAAGGCAAUAGAGCUGGUGUUUCGAUUGGAGUGAUAAUGACACGACGCGGCAGACGAAUGAUAACGCGACCACCACCAAACACCACCAAACCCGUAGCAUCGUCCCGUAGUAUUCUCUGACUAGCGAUGUGUAAACAGAUGGAACUGUGAAAAAGGCCACCCCGGUCCCUAAUCUAGCCCGCAGUCAUUCAAUCAGUCAGCCGGUUGCUUAGAUCUCCGCCGGGAUAGCAGCUGAAGGGUGAGAUGGGAAAUCACAGCCUCACGAUCGCAUGUGCAACAAAUGGUUGUCCUCGUCAGCACCAUCAUCGUCCUAGUCGUCGUCGUCGUCGUCGUCCUGCUUCGGUGGGAGGUCAGACAUUCGGGUGAACUCGUGAACGGUCCUAUAAAAGCAGCCCUCUUAUCGGAUGCCGUGCUCAAUCGGUCGAAGGAUACUAUCGGUGUCGGUGUCCCCACGUGGAGUGUCCUGGCUGGCCGGUUUGGGGUAGUUUACUGUUUACUCCCUCCCCGUUGAGUGUAUCUUUACGUUCUUUGUGCAUUCGCACCAUUCGCCGUGGGUUGGCUUCCGGCAGGUGGAUUUUAAAUAAUUUUUACUACACGUGUAACUGCAGGAGUUGGAAUAUUAAGUGGCGUUAAUUUUAGUGUGUUAAGCAAGCAAAGACAAAAAAUCGUAUAAACCAUCCAGCCUAAAACAUUUGCUUUGCAAACUUGCUCGAUAUGCUAAUGGAAUCGCGUCGGGUACCAGUGCGAGAGACAUUAAACUAAUCCUAGCGGAAAAUCGACCAACUGGCCGUGAAAAGACAGCGUCCGCUAUUGCAGACACAACAUUUAACUGGCAAACAAACAAACAAAAGCUUCUCGUACAAAUACAAACCCGAUUUAACGUACCGUGCAAUAUUUGCUGGAAAAGAUACACUCACUCGCUUAAAUGACUACUUGCCUUUGUCGCAACGACAUGCAAAUGAGCCACAUUUGUAGCACGCGCGGCUCCACAUAAAAUGGCAACGGGACGUAAAUUAUCGCGUGACGACGAUCGAGAAGGAGCGCAGUGUCAACGAUAUUGCCCAACGAUGGCACACCCUACUACCGCUUUUGGGUCGGUUCACCGAGGCCAAUGUCCAUAAGCAGAAGACCGUGCCGUGCCGCUGCUGGUGCUGUUGCUGCUGCACCCUAUAAGCCGUGAAUUGUCCUUCCAUCCAUUUGUGCCGAACAAAUCGUACCGAACCGUAGUGCACUUGCAGGCGCGGCAAUCGUCAACGAUGGAUGUCGCAGGACACACCAGAAACAAGGCGUCACUAAAUUCCGUUCCGUUUGUGUGUGUUGUUUUGCUGUGCGUGUCUUCCUGUUGGCGAGUGACGGCACACCCCCGUGACCAUCGGGCAAGCGUACAGCGAUCGGUGGAGGAUACCGAAAUUGGACAGCUUCUGAGCAAUCUUGUCCAGACGAAUCGAGAUGGGGAUGAUUACAGCCUCGAGGAGGAAGAGUCUCCCGGUGCGGUGGAAGGCUCCUCGGGUGGCGGAAGCAAUGGCAGUGUGGUAGGAGUACAAUCACCCACCGGUGGGGUGAACCGUCCCAUACACGACACACGGGUACACAGGCGCAGCCUUAGUAACCUUGAGAUACAACCGAUCGAUGACGAUAGAAAUUACACCGUGUACCAUGUAGGUGUACUGAUGGCUUCACAUCUCGACUCACCUUUUGAUCUGGAGCGCUGUGGACCGGCUAUCGAUUUGGCGCUGGACCUAGUCAACCAAAGUCUCAAGAAAAUUCACAACGUUCGGCUAAAGAAGGUGCAGAGAAGUUACGCCACCUGCUCCGGUUCCAAAUCACCCGGGCUCGCGGCCGAUUUGCACUUCAAGAAAAGCGUGAUCGCUUUCAUCGGACCGGCCUGUGCCUUUGCACUCGAACCGGUGGCACAGCUGGCCGACUACUGGAACACACCCAUCAUUACCGGCAUGGGCGAUCAGCCACCAUCCGAGGGUGAACUCUCGGUGACAUCCGGCAUACUGGGCCGAUUGAGCAACAGGUGGAAAAACGAUAGCUCGGGCAUGUUUAAGGAUAAGUCUCGCUACCAAACGCUCACCCGUAUGUCGUACUGCCAAUGCCGGCUGAAGCUGGUGUUCUCGAGCAUCUUUCGACAGUUCGGGUGGCGCCAUAUCGCACUCAUCAUCGACCGUUCGGAUCUGUUUUCACUGACGGUAGGUAAGAACCUGGAGUAUGGGCUAAAGGAUGAGGAACUGCUAAAGUUCGUACGGGAGCUAGACGGUAAUGAUGAGGAGGACAUCGAUGCCUACCUGAAGGAUGCCAGCAUGUAUGCUCGUGUAAUAAUACUCUCCGUACGGGGUUCGCUGGUGCGCAAAUUUAUGCUCUCCGCGCUGGAACUCGGCAUGACACGGGGCGAGUUCACUUUUCUCGAUGUGGAAAUCUUCCAAAGUUCCUACUGGGGUGACCAUUACUGGGAGUUGGGCGAUGAGGAUGAUUUUAAGGCGCGCAAAUCGUACGAAGCACUGCUACGUGUUUCGCUGCUUCAACCGACCAGCCCGACCUACCAGUCCUUUGCUGAGCAGGUACGACAUCUGGCCAAAAGAGACUACAACUACACGUUCGUGGAAGAUGAAGAGGUUAACUUUUUCAUCGGUGCCUUCUUCGACGGUGUCUACCUGCUCGGUAUGGCACUGAACGAUACGCUGAAUGAGGGCGGUGAUAUACGGGACGGUACGGCCAUUACGCGAAAGAUGUGGGGCCGCGACUUUGAAGGUAUCACCGGACACGUGCGGAUUGAUGACAACGGUGAUCGUGACGCUGACUAUUCCAUCCUCGACCUGGAUCCAAUUACGGGCCGCUUCGAGGUGGUCGCACACUACUACGGUAGCACACGCGAAUACUCACCCGUCAAGGGCAAGAAGAUUCAUUGGCCGGGUGGACGGGAAGGUCCACCGCCGGAUGUGCCCAAGUGUGGAUUCCUCGGUACAUCGCCCGCCUGCCAAGGGAAUGGCGACAUGAUUAUCCUUUAUGGGCUCGUUGGAUUCGGCAUAAUCUCUGCCUUUGCCGCUGCGGUCACGUAUAUUCUGUGCAAACAAAUGAAACUUAAUAGCGAACUCAACAACAUGUCCUGGCGCGUCCGACCGGACGAGGUCCUGCUGGAGGUGGGCAAAAUGUUUGGCAGCAAAAUGGGUCUGCAGAAGCUCAACUACGAGAACUUUUCACUGCAACAAUUUGGCUUGAAUUCAGGUCGCGUCUCGAUAGCAUCCGGCAACUCGCAACUACCCGCCCAACUCUUCACCACCAUCGGCAUUUAUAAGGGUGAACGGGUCGCCAUCAAGAAGGUGGCCAAGAAAAAGGUCUACAUCACCUCCACGCUGCUCUGGGAGAUCAAGCAGGCCCGUGACGUUAGUCACGAAAAUACGGUGCGCUUUGUCGGUGCCUGCAUCGAUUUGCCCCGGCCAACAAUACUCAUUCUGACCGAGUACUGUCCCAAGGGUAGUCUGAAGGAUGUGCUGGAAAAUGAAGCGAUUCAGCUCGAUUGGAACUUCCGUAUGUCGCUUAUCCACGAUGUGGUCAAGGGAAUGGCCUACCUGCACAACAGUGACGUCGGUGUGCAUGGCAAGUUGCGAUCGUGCAACUGUCUGAUCGAUGGACGGUUUGUGCUGAAAAUUUCCGACUUUGGACUACGCACACUGACCACACCGUCGGAGUACGUGCGCGAUCAGAACUACUAUAACAUGCUAAACUUUACAGAGCUGCUGUGGGUGGCGCCGGAACUGUUGCCCGCCACCGUCAUACCGGGCACACCGGCCACACAGAAAGGCGAUGUGUACUCGUUCGCCAUCAUCCUGGAGGAGAUUGUGGUGCGCGGUGGUCCGUACGAAACGGCACGUCAGUUCCUGGAUCCGCAGGCGAUUGUGGAGCGGGUGGCACUGCACGAGAGUCCCCCGUUUAGACCGUUCGUAGGCCAGCGUGAUUGUCCGCCAGAUUUGUUGGAUCUGAUGGAGAAGUGCUGGUCGGACAGUCCGGACGAUCGGCCUACAUUUUCGGGAAUACGAAGCAGCGUGCGACUGAUCAUGAAAGGAUUCUGCGAGAAUUUGAUGGACGAUUUGCUGCGCCGUAUGGAGCAAUACGCAAACAACUUGGAAAGCUUGGUGGAAGAAAAAACGGAACAACUCAGCAUGGAAAAGCGACGCACGGAGGAACUGCUCUACCAGGUCCUUCCACGUCCAGUCGCCCAACAGCUGCUGGCUGGAGAGAUGGUUCAACCGGAACAGUUCGAGUGUGUCACGAUCUACUUUAGUGAUAUCGUCGGCUUUACCGCUCUGUGCGCCCAGAGCCGUCCAAUGGAGGUGGUAGACUUUCUGAACGAUCUCUACAGCACGUUCGAUCGCAUCAUCGGGUUCUACGAUGUGUACAAGGUGGAAACGAUUGGAGAUGCGUACAUGGUGGUGUCGGGACUCCCAGAACGCAAUGGUCACGAUCAUGCGCGCGAGAUUGGGUUGAUGGCUCUCGCUAUUCUGGAUGCGGUCAAAUCGUUCACCAUUAAACACAAACCGGAUUAUCAGCUAAAGAUCCGCAUUGGCAUUCAUUCCGGACCAGUGUGUGCUGGGGUGGUAGGACAAAAGAUGCCACAUUACUGUCUAUUUGGGGACACUGUUAACACGGCGUCGAGGAUGGAAUCGACAGGACAUCCUCUCAAAAUUCACGUAUCUGAAGCUGCGAAACAAAUACUGGAUAAAUUUGGGACGUUUCGUACAGAGCUGAGAGGUGACGUCGAACUGAAGGGUAAAGGCAUCGUAACGACCUACUGGUUGCUGGAAUGUUCCGAACCUGAUCCCAGACCUCCAACACCGAUGAAAAACUAUAAUGAAAACGAAGUGCCGUUCCCGAUACUGUUCCCAGCGAUCGGGAAGUAAGCGGUGCCCCAAUUAUGCUGCAGUGCUCUUGUAACUGUCAAUGUUAGCCAACUCAGUGUCUUUCGCUUCGUAUUCGUAUCAACCCGAGGAUGUGCGAUUGUGCGAAGAAGAUUGUCGGACGGUUUCACCCACCAGCGGAAGGUAUGACGGAAUGCCGGAAUGGAAUCCUCCUUUAAUGUGUCAAUUGAAAUUGGAUCAACUGUGUGCGUGUGUAUGUGUGUACCGUGAGAAAAAAAAACAUACCGUACCGUCAUUAACCAACUGUUCAUACAGGGGUGCUCUGGGGUGCUGCUAGAAUGGAAACGUAAUUAGAAAGAUGGUGGACUAUUUUGUGUAGAGUUUAUCACCCGACCAUCCGGUUCGGUACAUCGUAAUCGUGAACUAUUUAGAUGUAUUUUCGCUGUAUUCUUGCGACCAAACUGAAUAAAUGUGGGUAUAUACAAAUGUGUAACAAUUAAA